CCCCCCACCCCCCCCCCCCCCUCGUCUCUCUGGAGAUAAAGUAAGUGUUUCCGUUGGGCCCCUGAUCGUCCAAAGCGUUCGUUGGUCGCAGCCUGAUUUCAGUUGGGCCUUCUCUCAUCAGUGUGAUGGGUGGCCUGCCACGGCGCCGCUGCUGUGCUUGUUGACGACGCGACGCCCCCUACCGGCCGCCCCCCCCCCCCACCCCCCCAUCCUCUGGUUUCACCCCUAAUUAUCGUCGUUUGUGCUUGAACUGUGCCGACGCGUUUCGCCAGAAAACGCGUGACUUUUGACUUUUCCCUAAUUUCUCUUUGAAUCAUGAUAACUCAGCUGUGAUAUAAAAUAGAAUUUGUUGAUGUAUAAAAAAAAAAGUGUCACAAGAAAUAGUCCAGUUCUGGAUCGAAGGAAAGAGAAGAGUAUAAAGUGACAGAGACCAAUCCGGGAGCACAAAUCGAAUGAUUCGGAAUUAGAAUACUACAUUACCAGUGGACGAAAACCAACGAAGAAGACUUCUUCUUAAAUCGACCAUUAUUGGACUCGAUGACUCCUCGUCGGCCAAGGAGUCUGAAGAGGCGCUUGGAGUCUGAGUGACGUCAUUCAAAGCUUUAACGUGAUUAUAACCGGAUGGGAAAAAUAGUUUAAAAAAAUUAAGGUUAUUCCGUAAUUUAUUCCAGUAUACGUAGGAGCGACUGUCUUUGGGAACUGUCUUUAAUAACCCUUGUAUGCGCAUUCAAUGCUAGUCUGCUUUUUUUCCCCCGUAGAUCUACUAUAUAUCAGAGAGGAAAUUAAUAUAUAUAUAUGAAUAAAUAUUUAACGUUAGAGGAGAUAUUCAGAGCUUUUUAGCAGCGUGGUCCGUGCAUAUUAUGAUGAUUGUUAUCAUUAAUUCACUUGAGCAUUUAACUAGAUUUAUCUAAAGGUUAGAUACUAUCGAAGUUAAGGAUUCACAAUCUGUCAUUACACGAUUGAGGUGGGAAUAGAAAGAGAGAGAGAGAGAGAGAGAGAGAGAGAGAGAGAGAGAGAAGGUCUAUGUAAAGUAAAGUGAAAAGUGGCCUGCCUGGAAGAAUAAAGAAAGACGAAGAGACACCUACUAAUAAAAUAGACAAUGCAAGUUAAUAAAUACAAGACUAAAUAAACUAGAAGCUGGAAAAAAAAAUAUACUAUACAGGGAAUACAAACCAGGAAAACGGUCCCCGAAGAAAAAACAGCAUAAAGAAAGAAAAACACGACAGAAAAGUAAACAAUAAAAACACACGAAUAGGAAAUCACGUCUAGUGCAGCGAGAGAUAUUCCCCGAAGAAUUAUAAAAGAGACGUCGGUGACGUCAUCGAUUUCAUCACCCAGGCCGCUCGGUUUUCACUCUGUGUCCGUCGGAGGAGGAGUGAGUCCCGCCCGGUGUGUCUGUCUGUCAGUCAGUCAGUCAUUCCGUCUGUGCCAUCUCCUGCUGCUGCUGCUGCUGCUGCUGUCUCUCCAGACAGAAGCACGUGCUCGCGCGCCAGAAUGAAGACCACUUUCUGUCUGGACGUUAGCCUCAUUCUUCUGCUCGCGUUGACUGUAGCUCAGGGUUUAAUGUUUCCACCGACUGAGGGUGACCCUUGUAGUGACAAUAUCGACUGCACCAGCGGAUGUUGCCUCAUGACUGGCAGAAGACAUCGUAGGCCUGUGGGCGUAUGUCAGCCUCUCAGGCAAAUUGGGGAAUAUUGUGCCCCUGGGAAUCGUCUGCGGAAUUACUAUGGCUCCCGGGUCUACACUUACUCUUGCCCUUGUGGGUUGAGCCUCAGCUGCAAACCAGCAUGGGCAUCCAAACUCUAUGGGAUAAGUGUAAUGGAGGACCCAAAGUGCAUGCCAGAGACAAUGCAUCCUUAUGUUCUAGCAAUGAAAGGAUAUGGUUAUAAUUCGGUUAAUGACAGACAUUCAAAUUCCAUCGACAUUGUGCCUGCGGAGUGAUUCAGUGUUACUCUAAUCUGAACAUUUUUUUUUAGUCUUGUACUGUAACAUGUAGGUAAAUGGUUUUCUUGUGAGAAUGUGAUUUUUAUUCCAAAAGAAUGUUUAAAAUUAUGGUGUAGUUACAUUCUACUAAAAUACAAGCUAAAUUUUAAGGUAGUGUUAAUUUUUUUUUUUUUCUGUUUUGUGUGGUUUUCUGUGAUUCGCAUGGUUAUUUUUUGUGACAAAUUCCAGUUAAGUGUAAAUGUCACAGAACAUACAGUGAUAUCAAAACAUUUUAUUAUCAGAGUCUAUCCAUUAAACAAGUGGCUGUCACUAGACAAUUUCUGGUAUGUAUACAUAUCAGAGGAGGAGGAGAAUUCAUUAAUUAUGUUAUUGAUUCAUUGAGUGAAAAGGCUACAAUAAAAGAGUUAUCAAUUUGUAAUUUGAGAACUAGUGUAAUUCCCAUUAUUUUAUAAAAGUUAUUUAUGAACACUUGCAUUUAUUAGAAGGUAUCCUGACAACUGGUCAGUAUCUGAGAGCUAGGAAUGUUUUUCCACCAAUUUCCGAGCCACAAAGGACUAUUUUCAUAUUUACUUGACCUCUUGAUCUUGUUCUAUUCACCAUUUCCUUAAUAAAAUUUCUAAAAACUAAA